AUGUGUCAUUACAUUUUUACAAAACUGAUACACGUAGCAAGCAAGCUUCUUGAUACCAAUACAAGCACCAUAUCACAAGCGCAAUUAAACUUUCAAUCAUCUACAAAACUUAUCAAAAAUUUAGAGAUUUUAUCCACUACCUAUUUGAGUAAAAUAUGGUCUGGAAAUGAAUCAAACUUUAACAUAUCAACCAAGAACAUUGCAUUUAUUGCUGUUCCUGUGCAAGAGGAAGAUAUAUAUCUGACAGCCGUUAACACAACGAGUGGAGUUAGAAUCGAACCAAGGAGCAUUCUGAGUAAUGAAGAGCUUGCUUCAAUUAAAAUACCUCAUGAAGCAGUCCAAAAAGAAAAUUCGUUUGUCACAUCAUUUUACUACGCCAAAGACAACUUAUUUUUAAAUGAUGUUCAAUUGAAGCAGUUGGCGACUGGAAAGGACCACCAAUCAAAGAUGGUAUACAACAAUGUUGUAUUUUCAGCAAGUAUUUUGAACACAUCAGUGGAAAAUCUCGCAAAUCAUGUUCUCAUACAGUUCAAAGAAAGACAGAAAACACAUCAAAAGACCGAUUGUAUGUUUUGGGACUUUUACUUAAAAUCUUCCACCAUGAGUAUACCUGGUGGUUGGUCGAAAAGAGGAUGCGAAAGGUACAGUUCAAAUGAAACAGGCUACAUAAACUGCAGAUGUAAUCAUUUAACAAACUUUGCUCUCAUAAUGAAUGUAAAUCAAGAUUUUGUCAAUCCAUUUGCACUAACAUUAACAACCUGGAUUGGUUGCAGUAUAUCAAUAGCUGGUUUGGUGUUGACAAUUUUAACUUAUCUCUCACUAAGGAGAAUAAGAAGGAUGUUUGCUUGUAAAGUCUUGAUAAGCUUGUGCGUGUCGUUAUUAUUCACCAUUUCCUGCUUUUUGCUUGGCGCUGAGAAAACAUCACUCCGUUUCAGAUGCCAAUUGAUAGCAGGACUCAUUCAGUAUUUUUUACUUGCUACAUUCAUGUGGAUGGCUGUCGAAGGAUAUAAUUUAUAUAUACGAUUUGCAAAUUCUUUUAAGAUAGCAAGAUCUUCGACUAAAGACUUCUGCAAAGCGUCAUUUUUCGCUUGGGGCUUGCCAUUAAUCAUUGUCUCAAUAUCGGCAGCAUUAUCUAAAGAAUCAUUUGGAAAUGAAAAUAUAUGCGUCGUUAAUGGCAAACCAUUCUAUUUCGGUAUCUUAUUACCUUCGUGUAUUAUAUUGCUUAGUAAUAUGUUCAUACUUCGACUUUCUAUUGUAAGAAUGAGAACACCUAAAAUGAUUUUAAAAGUAAAAGAAAGAAAAGAAUUCCAGCUUGUUAUUACUCGAUUUAUCAUAUGCAGUACGAUUCUUGGUUUAACGUGGGUCACAGGCGUUCUUGCUAUUGGCUAUGCUCGCGUUGUAUUCCAUUGGUUGUUUUGUAUCUUUAAUUCCAUGCAAGGAUUUGCCAUCUUUAUUUGUUUUGUGGUGUUUAACAAGCAUGUCAGAGUAGAGAUAAGAAGGUGUUUUGCAACAAAUUUGAAAGAGGGUUGUUCAUCUGCUUGUGUAAUAGAAGCUACAUGGGAAAUGAGAAAAAGGUGUCAAAUGAAGUAGGUUACAUAGUCAAUGCAAUGUCUGCAGUCAAACUUUAGAAGAAGUUUGUAGAGUAGAUGUUUUCUAGAGAACCAAUUGAUGCGAUAACGCUUAAUAUAUAAAAUUAAUUAUUGUACAUAAGUAUCACUUUUUUUGCAAAUUUUCUGAGAUAAAUAAUUGUAAAUAUUUACACGAACAAUUAAUUUACCACAUUUUCUUUUUAUUUUUACCUCCACCAUUCCGGCUACUGUUCACCUACCUUGAUUUUUUUCGAGUUACAGACCAGAAUUAGUGGAUUUAGGACUUACCACAAGUGAAACAUUUUUGUCAGAUAUGCACUUUCGCUAGUUAACUUCAGUUUUCUCUAAACUUUAGUUUAGUAAAGUCUUUAAACAGUGAUUAAAUACAUUUAGACAUCUUCAACCUGGUGAUAGCUACUACAAAGUGUUUUAUAAAACCAAGGAGGUUUAACCUUCUUCCAAAAAUACAUUUGUGCAUAGAACAACCUACCUUGAUGGGGUCGAACCGGUAACAGAAUUGAACUAGAUUUUGUAGUGAGAGGACAGGCUGCUGCAAUUUAUCUUCACUGUGGGUCAGUUGACAAAGCAUUGAGGCUCAAAUCCAAUGGUCUUUGGUCCAAAUCUUCACGUUCACCAAUAGAUAUCAUCUCUUUUACUAACGUUUAUAUGAAGUAAAUAUGCACGGUACUGUUUAUCUAGCCUCCUGAUUUAUUGGUACACUUUGACUAGAUAAGUAUACAUAUGUUAUGGGCAUGGAAUAUCUGCUUAUUAGUUAAUGCGUUAAAGUAGUGUGAACUUGUAGUACGGUAAUGAAGAUAUCUU